AUGGACGGUUUCAAUGACAGUUUAGGAGAGAGCUUCAUUUUGGUGGGCUUCUCAGACUGGCCUCAGCUGGAACUCAUUCUGUUUAUCUUUAUUUCAAUUUUCUACUCCUUAACUCUCUUUGGCAACACCGCCAUCAUUGCUCUGUCCCGAAUGGACCUUCGAUUACACACACCCAUGUACUUCUUCCUCUCCCAUCUCUCCUUCCUGGACCUCUGCUACACCACCAGCACUGUGCCCCAGCUCCUGAUCAACCUUCAUGGACUUGACAGAACCAUCAGCUAUGGCGGGUGUGUGGCCCAGCUGCUCAUAUCUCUUGCUCUGGGCUCCACUGAGUGUGUGCUCCUGGUGGUGAUGGCCUUUGACCGCUAUGCUGCUGUGUGUCAUUCCCUGCACUACACAACCAUCAUGCACCCCCUUCUCUGCCAGGUAUUGGCUAUUGCUUCAUGGGUGGGAGGCUUCUUGAACUCUCUGAUUCAGACAGGCCUCAUGAUGGCCAUGCCGCUCUGUGGACACCAACUGAAUCACUUCUUCUGUGAGAUGCCUGUUCUCCUGAAGUUGGCCUGUGAGGACACAGGAGGAACAGAGGCCAAGAUGUUUGUGGCCAGAGCUAUAAUUUUGGUUUUCCCUGCAGCACUAAUUCUUGGCUCCUAUGCACAGAUUGCCAGGGCAGUGCUGAAAAUCAAGUCAAAUACUGGACGCAGAAAAGCUUUUGGGACAUGCGGGUCCCACCUCGUGGUGGUUUCUCUGUUUUAUGGCUCAGCCAUCUACACAUACUUACAGCCCAAGGGCAGCUAUUCUGAGAGUGAGGGGAAGUUUGUUGCCCUUUUCUAUACUAUCGUCACCCCCAUGCUCAACCCUCUGAUUUAUACCCUGAGGAACAAGGAUGUGAAGGGGGCUCUGUGGAGGGUAUUAGGGAGAGGCACAAACUCAGGUCUGCUGUUCCUGGAAUCCAACCUAACUGCAGGAAUAGAAGAAGGACUCUCUGUACCUUCAGCCUGUGCCACCUCGGCAGAGUCAAGAGUCAACAAGAGAUAG